AUGUCUGACUAUUUCAGUUUGCCUCCUAGAGGUACUGGUGGAGGGACUCCAGCUGGUACUCCGGGAGACGAUAGUAAUUCAGAGAGAUCGUCCCAGUAUUUCAUGGAUUUAGGGAAUAAUGCUAGUGGUGAUCCAACGAAAUUUAACUUGUCUCCAGGGACUUCUGAUCAGAUUCCACCAAAGGAUGACGCUAAGAGUCCCUACCAUGUUGGUGUUCCCGUUCCCAGUGGUAUGCCUGUGGACACGUUCGCAGAAGUUGCGCUAGGUGGAGCGAUGGAAGAGCUCGAGGGGAAAUACGUUAGGGAAUUUCCAACAGAUGUUCUUGUUGAUAGAUUUAAGAAAUGGAGAAAGAUUCUUAAGGGAAUUGCCAACUACUUGAGAGAGGUUGCAUUCGCACAAGAGCAGUUUGCAAGGAUCAACUACCAGUUGAAAAGUAGCGUUAAAUUCCCAUUCUUAACGGAUUUGGAGGAAGGCUCCAACAGGAUUAUGGAUCCAUUCGAUCCAAAAGUGACACCAAAGAGACAGCAACCACUAACGGUGGCCCAACAGAGGGAACAACAGCAGUUGCAACAACAGCAGGAAAUUUUACAAAACUGGCAACAGCAGCAACAGCAACAGCAACAGCGGAACGCCAAUGGUCCUCAGUACCAGCAGCCGCAGUUAAAUACCACUCAUAGAGAUUUUAACGAUGACCGUGCAAUUGGUACUGACGAUAUUCAAGUGGUUAAGACCGAUUCCGAGUCAGCUGCUCCUUCAGGGUUUUUAAAAUUUGGUUCCGGUUCCAUUCAAGAUAUCCAGGUUGUCUUGAAGAAAUACCACUUAUCAAUUGCAGUUCAACAGCUAAAGAUAUCCAAGGAAAUCAACAUGAAUCUUCUACCCCGUAUUGAGGAUUUACGUAGGGAUUUACAGUCGAAGAUCAAGGAAAUUAAGGAAUUGUCAGGUGACUUUAGAACUAACAUCAAUGAACAUGUUGCUAUUACAGGCCAACUGCUUAACAGAUAUAUUUCAAGUGUUAAAUAUAUGACGACUAAUGUGGCAGAUAGCGACAGUAUUAAAUUGCAGAAGAAGGGUACUCAGAUCAAACCAAAACAUGAUCCUUACUUGCUAAAAUUGCAAUUGGACUUACAAUUGAAAAGACAAUUGUUGGAGGAAUCUUAUUUGCGGGAGGCUUAUCUCAACUUGCAAGGUUCCGGUAUGGAGUUAGAAAAAAUCGUGUAUCACAAGAUUCAACAAAUUUUGCAGAGAUACUCAAGUUUGUUGGAUGCCGAGGCACGUCUAAUGAUCAAAAAUCUGUGCCGUGAAUUGCAACAAGGUAUCCUAUCCAAACCUACUGCCUUUGAAUGGGAUAAAUUCGUGGGUCAUCACCCUACAUGUUUAAUCAAUUGGAGAUCAAGUGACCCUUACCCAACUUCUAGAAAGUUGUCAGAUGUGAUCUACCCACAGAUGAAAUCUCCAAUGGCUAAAUGUAUUAGAGCGGGUUAUCUGUCGAAGAAAUCGAAAUUUUUGAAAAAUUAUAACAAGGGAUAUUUCGUUUUAACCUCGAAUUAUUUACACGAAUUCAAAUCUUCCAAUUUUUUCAAUGCUAAUCAACAAGAGGAUUCUAAGGAAAGCAAAAGUACUUCAUUGUCAGCUACGCAAACCGCAAAGGCUUCGUUGGUUCCAGUUAUGAGUAUUGCUCUUAACGAUUGUGUUUUGACUGAGGCAUCUAAUGAUAAAUUUGUCCUAGUCGGUAAACCAACCUAUAGUGAUUUCGAAGCUCCUAGGCUGCCCAGGGUCGCAACAAGUUCUUUGCAGAUGUUGAAUCACGAUUUGAAACAUGGGUUAAGCCACAACCCAACUUCCCAUUUCAACGAGGCUCCUGAAAAACUGACUAAACAGACCAAGAAAACUAUUGGUAAAUUAUGGAAAUCUGCCAAGCCAGGUGGUAUGGGGAAUGGUUUAGAGGAAAAUGUUCAUACACCUAAAUCGGAAAUUAAUGAAGAGAAAUCUAGCUAUCAGGCGAUGCUCAACCAAGAAAAUAACAAGUUGGUAAGCUGGUCCUUCAGACCAUCUUCUUCAAACCCAUCAGAAGAAGACGUCAAGCAGUUUAGGAAAUGGGCCCAUGAUUUAAAGAAUUUGACUACUUUUAACACCACUAAGGACAGAUCUAAAUUCAUUGAAGAAAGAAUCAUUAAGGCAAACUACCGUAGAGGUGCUCAGAUGUUGAAACAUACUAGUAGUAGCCCAAGUUUGAUGGUUGCACCAGAUGGCUCACGCUCGGAUGUUCAAUCUACAAAGUCUAAUAAACCAGGUCACAUCUCUUUGAACAACACUGGAGGAAUGCCUACCGAUUGGAUCAAUAGAUCUGGAUGUAACACACCGGCUGUCGACGACAACGGUAAUCUAAUUACUGUGGGUGAAAAAAGAGGAAUCGGUAGUACAAUGAUAAGUUCACCAUUGGCCUCACCAAGGUACUCUGUACAUUCUGGUAGCUCACCUCCAUCAAUCUCAGGUGGUGCGUCUCAACAACAAUUACAGUCGCAAUUCCCUGCUGGUAUGACUAUUACCAGUAAAGGUAUUUCGCCAAAUGCGACUGUUUUGAACGCUGAUCCUGUGGCACCCCCACCGUUAAAUAGAAGAAGCUCUUCAGGUCUCAGAUCCGUUACAGCGGCAACACCCCCAAGUGCCCCAAGUGCUGGUGGAAGCGUUGCCAGUGCUCAAUCUGAAGGUAGUGGUGGUGGAUAUUUUGCCAUUCCAGUGAAAUCUAAUCAAGAGGGUGGCUCACAAUCAUCUACACCUUCAUUUGUCGAUGCCCCCACUGGACCACCACCUCAACCAGCGGGAGCAGCAACGACAGGAUCAGUCAUCGCAACGCAGGCACCACCAUCGCCCUAUAGUUUGCCACGUACUGGCAGUUACUCUGCGGCUUCAAGACAAUACCCAUCAAAUGUUCAAGCUGCUCAGCCCACUGCUGUUCAGCAGUCGUUAAAUAUGUCUUCGCCAAUACCCAAAGUGAGAUUGAACGAUCAAGAUUUGAGUCAUAUUCCUUCAAUCCAAUCUGAUUUCCAAAUGCCACCUCCUGCAAUUCAACCACCAACCUUGAGACGAAAUAUGAGCUCUGGUGAUAUUCCUACUGUGAAGAGUGAUAUGUCUGGUGCCGCAGGCAACGCAUUUUACCAAAAUAGAGAUAAUGGUAGCCAAACCAGUUUAACUGCAGGCGGGUCAAGAACUCAUGCCAUUAGAAAACAUAAGAAGAACGUUUCGUUUAGCUCUUUGAAUAGUUUGGUUUUCUCCAGGAAAGGUGCAAAUUCAGGUGGUAAUCAGAACACUGAACAGUUUAUGCGUGGUGGUAUCCGAGAAGAUGAUGACGAUGAUGAUCAAACUAUUAAAUUACACCGUUCAAUUUACUCGUAA